CUCCUUUCUUCUCAGCCAAUCACAUUCCUUGAUAGAAGUGUACUUCACCCGGCCACACCGCCUCUUGUUCAGGUAGACGGGACAGACCGCAGAAAGUCACCUCUUCAGACCUGUAGGCUCCUCACGUUUCCAUCAUGGCGGUGAACGGCACAGCAGACAUCUUGGGUUCUGCAUACUUGGCGGUGGAGUAUGUUGAUGCAGCGCUGCCUGAAAACCCCUUCCAGCCCUCCCUGAAACACGCCUGGGGCUACAUGCUGGACAACUACACCAAGUUUCAGAUUGCCACCUGGGGGUCGCUCAUCGUCCACGAGUUCAUCUACUUUCUGUUCUGUCUGCCUGGUUUCCUCUUCCAGUUCAUGCCCUUCAUGCAGAAAUACAAGAUCCAACAGGACAAACCCGAGACUUGGGAGAAACAGUGGAGAUGUUUCAAGAUGCUGCUGUUCAACCACUUCUGCAUCCAGCUGCCUUUGAUCUGUGGGACGUACUACUUCACUGAAUACUUCAACAUUCCUUAUGACUGGGACUCCAUGCCACGCUGGCCAUAUGUCCUGACUCAGUGCUUUGGCUGUGCAGUUGUUGAGGAUACCUGGCACUACUUCCUCCAUCGCCUGCUGCAUCACCGCAAGAUCUACAAAUACAUCCACAAAGUCCACCAUGAGUUCACUUCUCCAUUCGGUAUGCAGGCAGAGUACGCUCAUCCUGCAGAGACUCUCAUCCUGGGAGCUGGUUUCUUCAUCGGCAUCAUGAUCUUCUGUAACCACGUGUUCUUCCUGUGGGCCUGGGUGUCCUUCCGCCUGCUGGAGACCAUCGAUGUCCACAGUGGUUACGACAUCCCUCUGAACCCCCUCCACCUGAUCCCUUUCUACGCUGGAACCCGUUUCCAUGACUUCCACCACAUGAACUUUGUUGGGAACUACGCCUCCACCUUCACCUGGUGGGACAAGCUGCUGGGGACGGACAACCAGUACAGCAAGCACUUGCAGAAACAAGGCGACAAGAAGGAGCAGUAAAGUCCUAAAUGCUUCUACUCAUACAAAAACACACCUGGACUAUCAGGAAGAAAGUAGCUGUACACACAGCCAGCACACAAACACUGUGGUGCUUCUUCAGGUACAUUUUAUGACACACAGUACACACACUACAGGUGUACUGCGAUUAAUCAUACUGACAGUGGUUAGAAACUGAAUUGGACUGUGUGUUUACUUCAGUCUGUCCUCUGUGCCUUUCUGCAAAAAGAACCAUUGUUGUCCUCCUCUGUCACCAGCUGCUGACCGAAUAAAAACCAUCAACAUCCUCAUCA